CGGAAAGGUUGGUUUAUAAUUAAGUCCAAAGGUAUAAAGUUCCAACGACUUUUAAAUUGAGAAGCUGAUCGUAUUCGACUAAGUAAGAGUAGCUCAAAGGAGUACAAAACGGCAAUGAUGCUACUGUAUAUCGUAAGCGCCGUGUGUAACGUUGCGCUGUGGCAGACUGUGUUUUGGAGACUGGCCCCGAAAGUCAACCUCUGGAUCUUCCCCACCUACAAGAGACUGGAGAAAAAACUGAAGCUUCAGAUGAAUAGAAACGUAAGCUCUGCUACCUGUAGCGGCAUCCUGUCUCUUCUAUCCUGGUACACCUUCCUCUUUAGACCCGAUGUCAGCCCGAAACUGGUCGAAAUGGACCAACCGAUCGUGAGACUCACCGUUUCCAUCUUCUUAGGCCACACCAUCUCAGAGAUCCUUGCAAUGGCGUAUCAGGGGACGUUACUAGAGGAAAAGGCAAUGUUGUGUCAUCAUGUGUCAAGCCUGUUUUCUGGAUACGUGGGCGUGACACGUUGCUGGUUUCCAUACUUCGUGGUCCUGUUCCUGAUGUCAGAGUUAUCCACACCCUUCGUCUCUCUGAGAACCUCCUACAGAACAGAGUAUGGGACCCAGUACUCUACCCAGCCUUAUGAGGACUCUACAGACUGUUACCAUGGCAACUGUUCUGCGGAUGGUACAUGUACCUGUGCGCCAGGGUACACUGGGUCAACCUGUGAAGACGACAUUGAUGAGUGUUUGAGGCAGACUGGAGACUGUGACCAGGUGUGUGUGAACACUCCAGGUACCUACAGGUGUGCCUGCUACGAGGGGUUUGUUCUGUACAACAGAACACACUGUCAAGAUGAAGACGAGUGUGUGACUGGAAACCACGACUGCUCCCACAGUUGUAACAACACCCACGGCAGCUUCACCUGUGGCUGCAGGGUGGGGUAUGACUUUGACUCCAGCACCAGGCAGUGUGAGGACACGGACGAAUGUCUGGACAACAACGGGGGCUGUCAACACAACUGUACCAACAACAACGGCAGUUUUGUCUGCUCAUGUACUGAUGGGUACAGGCUGAUGCCUGAUCACUCUUCCUGCACAGAUUCGGCGUUAACAACUUCAGCACCAAGGACAACGACAUAUCCAAAAAUGACAACAACACUUACCCCACAGACUACAGAUACCUCCGGUUUCACAAUCUACAAAGUUGAAGUGACACUAACCACCAUCCAGGGCCGGCCGGUUGUGUACAGUGAGGAGUUAGCUACACCAGGCUCACAACUGUUUGUGCAGACAGCUACUGUUGUGGAGAGCUCGAUGAACACAAUCAUGAGGAGAAGCCCGAUACGGGACAUCUUCAUUCGAUCAGAUGUCACCGGCUUUCGACAGGGCAGUGUCAUCGCAGACAUAGACAUGUACCUCAAGAAGCAGGGGGAGGAAGUGUCAGCCUCUUAUGUCAGGGAUGUCAUCCUGGCCGGUGUGCUGAACAACACUAUGGGCAGCCCUGGCCGGGGCCUGGGGAUCCAGGCUAACUCCCUGCAAGUCACUCAACCAGGUGAAGGUAAAGUGGACAGGACAGCUGAGAAUGGGACCAUUGCUGCCAUUGUGAUCGUCCUCGUGGCUCUCUUGUUAGCCCUGAUAGGGGCUGUCUUCCUCUAUCGCCGGCGCCGGAGUAAGUUACGAAUGGACCGCGCUCGAGAACAAUAUGGAGUUCGCAACGGGCAAAACGGCACCCUUAACAACCUCUCCGAGCGCCGACACCCGGAGGCGUAUACCAACAACAUCUACGACAACCCUUGCUUCGAAGGGAACGCCACGGGAUCGCAACAACCUUGCGCCGCAAACUUGCAGGACCUCGCGGCUGCUAGCAAAUCCGCUGCACCUCCGUUACCAAACCGCCCACCCUCUCUACAAAAAGUGGGGAAUGAGAACCCACAGCUUAACGGGGCUCAGAAAUUGAGUAACGAGUUAGUUGUUGGUAACUUGAACAGGCAGGAGAACCACUAUGAGGUGUGUGGACCUGGGGUGAGCUCAAAGGUAAAUGUGAGUGAAUCCAGGAAAGAUGAGCAUGGGUAUGAGAUACCAGGAAACAAAUUAGAUCCCAGUGUCUAUGAUGACAUUAUGAAGGAUUAGGUGAGUUCAGUUUUGAAGUUCGGGGCAUGAGAAAUAGCGAAGCAGGUGUAAAACACCUUAUACAAGUAAAAUAUACUGAAGUCUUUUGCAUAAUGACUCAUCUUUAAAUGCAAAAAGAGCAACCCAAAGAAUAAAGUUAAUGAUGCAGUAAACUGUUAUAUUUUAUCAUGUUUCAAGACUUUUGUUAGGUGUUAAUUUCAAUUUAAUUUGAUAAAAGAAAGUCAUUUGGUUGGUUGGAAACCAGCUGAGAUAAUAAUGCAGUCAAAUGUAAUAUAAUUCAUAUUUUUAGACUUUUACUUUGUGUUGCUUUCAAUUUAACAUAAAGAUGAAGGAGAGACAUAUAAAUAUGUGCUUACAUGUUAGACCUACAUGUACUAGUUCAACUUAUAUGUUGCUGUAUUACAUAGUUAAAAUAGUAACUUCAUUUCUUUCUAUUUUUCUCCCUUUUUACCCCUGAAAUUUCCCAAUAUUGAUGUGGAAAGUACCUUGAUACACGUAAAAUAUCAGACUCCAUUUUAUAUCUUUUGGUGCCUACUUUAUUUUCAACCAUUAUCAACUUACAUCUUCCAAAGAACAUGUAUUGAGAGGGAUUUGAGAUUAUAUCUAAGGUGCCUACUAUAAUUAUCUAAACAAAAGAAUGUACGUCGUGUUAAAUAACUAUAAUAAGUUCUCCAUGUAAGUGUUUUAUUAUUAGCAGAUAUCUUACUGAUAUUAUAAGUAACAUUUUUAAUCGGAUU